CAGGCGAGGAUCUACGCCCACAGGUUAUUACUCGCUGUGGUCGUGUUGCGGAUUUCGGGAGCAAGAUGGCUGACGUGUCGCUGGAUGAAUUGAUCAGGAAGCGAGGUGCGGGCUCGGGGAUGUACAGCAGGAGCUCGUCCGGCCCUUUUGUGGCAUCAUCAGCGGUGGGCCUGUAAGUAGAGGGAAGGAGGCUGGCUCGAGAUGGGUCGCAUUUUUCUCAACUCACAUCACUACCGCAGAGAGCAAAAGGGAGUCCUGAAACCAACACCUCCCUCUCAGAAUUAACAGCCGUGCAGGCAUAGGAAAUAAUAUGAGGUCCCGGUUACAGCUUCCUACCUCCCAUCGACCAGUCACUACCAGCUUCCAGAGGACUUUCGAUGCCCGCCAGAAGAUUGGGGUGACUGAUGCCCGAAUGAAGUUGGGUGUGAAGGAUGCACGGGAGAAGCUGAUAGCCAAAGAUGCUCGAUUCCGCAUCACAGGCAAAGUGCAGGAUGCACGGCAGAUGCUGAAUUCAAGAAAACAGCAUGGGGGAGAAAACCCAGCCAAAGUGAUGGAUGCUCGAGAGAAGCUCAGUCUAAAGAGGAGUGCCCCAUCAGUGGCCAUAACUCCAGCAGUGACAUCUGGGUCUUCAACCAUAAACCUCACAAAGACUAUACAGAUUCCACAGCAAAAGGGCAGCAACACACACUUAGCACAGUCUUUGAAAGGAAUGCGAAUAAAUGUAGUAAAUAACAAGCCAACAAAACAGGAACACACAUCACUAUCCCGCCGGCUUCCAUCACGGCUGGAGGAGGAAGAUGAAGAAGAAGAUGAAGAAUUGGAGCUCUCCUCUAUCUCCGCUAAGCAGAUGAAACUUACAGCCACAAAUACAUUGCAGAAACGGGCUCUACCUCUUACAAAGGUUGUGCAGAAUGACACAUACACCGCACCAGUUGUUGCACAGACUGCUUCACCUCCGUCCCCUUUACUCCGCACAAAGACUUUAACCAACAUGUCACGGACACUUGUAACCAAGGAGGAUAAAGCUCCACUGCAGUUGGCAUCUACAGAGCCGGUCCUCAGCCCACUAGAAGGUACUAAAAUGACAGUAAAAAAUUUGCACCCCCGUGUCACAGAAGAAGAUAUUGUGGAGUUGUUCUGUGUAUGUGGAGCCUUAAAGCGUGCCAGACUGCUAAGUCCUGGUGUGGCAGAAGUUGUUUUUGUGAGGAAGGAUGAUGCAGUUGGUGCUUAUAAAAAGUACAACAACAGAUACCUAGAUGGGCAACCCAUGAAAUGUAAUCUUCAUCUGAAUGGCAGUGUCAUAACCUCAGACCAACCUAUUCUAUUACGACUCAGCGACACACCAUCUGCAACAAAAAAAGCAGAGACUCGAAGAUCAAACACUUUGCCUUCAUCCAGUGCACAAAACCCACCUGCUGAAGUUGACCCUGACACCAUUCUCAAAGCCUUGUUUAAAUCUUCCGGCUCUUCAGCAGUUGUUCAGCCAACUGCAUUUAAGAUCAAACUCUGAUGAGGCCAGCAUGAACUAAAGAGGAGGAAUGCUGGAGGGAAUCAAAGAUGACUCUCUGCUUGACCAAUUUUAAGAUUUACCCAGAGAGACUAGUCUUUUGUUCAGAGAUUUUGUUAGAAUCUGUGGAUUCGUUCUUGUUGGCCAUGGGUGUGGGAUUCUCCCCCACCUGCUCUGUAACUGAACCCUACCCUUUGUGGCAGUAGCAUUACAGUUUUUUCUUUUUGUUGAGCUGUUCUUGCAGUGCACAUGCUGUUUCCUCUCCCAGGAUCAAGUACCUGUACAUACAGUUCCCUGCCAUGCUGUUUAUUGUUCUUUUCAAUAUUAUUGUUUAUACUAUAUUUUUUUGUGUUUUAUUUUGUUGUCAUUUUUGGCUCUGACAUGAUGACUGACGUGAAAUGUGCAGCCCCCAAAAACAGUGCAGUCAUCCCUGAUGACUAGAAGGACACUGCACCUUAAAACAUGCAGUUUACAUUUAUUACUUAAGGUGGCACUGUUUAUUUUGAGUAGCGCAAAUAUAUCUUUGAAAUGGAUAUACAUGUUCUUUAGAUACAUUAGCUUAAUAAAGGUAUGGGAUCUGUUAUCUGGAAACCUAUUAUCCAGAAAGUUCCGAAUUACAGAAAGGCUGUCUCCCAUAGACUCCAUUAUAAUCAAAUAAUCUCUGUUAUAAUAAAACAGUACCUUGUACUUGAUCCAGACUAAGAUAUAAUUAAUCCUUAUUGGAAGAAAAACCAGCCUAUUGGGUUUAUUUAAUGUUUACAUGGUUUCCUAGUAGUCUAAAGGCGCGAAGAUCCAAAUUACGGAAAGACCCGUUAUCCGGAAAGCCCCAAGCAUUCUGGAGAAUAGGUCCCAUACCUGUAAUUGUUUAAAGAAUGAUCUGUGGAAUACUAUCCAGCUUGAAAAGUUUUGAAGCUAUUCACAUGUGGUUAUAAUAGCAAUAUUAAGUCAUUAUAAAAUCAGCACAGGUAACUUCCAAAUCAACAUUACUGUAAACUAACAGGCUUUAUUUUUCCUAUAAACCGUAGAUCUGUUUUAGCUAUAUCUGCCUGGAGGUAUUUUUUCCACUGCCUUGCUAUUCAGUGUUGGAUUAUAAUAGCAUAGCCAGUGCAGUUGCUUAGCUUACCGGUUGAAAUGCAUGCAGCAGAAGUGCAGCACACCGCAUAAAUGCAACAUGCUGUUCUAGUAAAACAAAGCAUUUCCGUUACAUAAAAGCUGCAAUCAAAUAAUGUUUUCCAGGUGCAAACUUCUUCUGACCCUCUUACAUUUAUUUGCAAGGAUGCUGAGACAUUAGCUCUCUGCCGGUGACUUUCUUUACUGGUCAGUUGUCAACGCUGUAUUUCAUACUAAGGCAGUACUUGAUAUUUUCAUGGCAAUAAAAGGCUUUGAUUAA